UUAAAGGAAUGCCCCAAGGCAACAUAGACCGACAUGGAUCUGUUCGUGGACAAGCUGACAGAAGAUGAAGCUGAGAGAGAGAGUCUUGUGGCUAAACCCACCUGUUUCAUUGUCGUUGGCAAACCGGGUGUUGGAAAAUCCACCUUGGCCAGAAAAAUUGCUGAGUCCUGGAGGUGUGUCCUGAUUGAUGAUACAGAUCUGCUCAGCACACACAUCGAAAGCAAAACAAAGGAGGGCAUAGAGCUCUUGGAUAUAUUGUCUGAGGGAAGAAGUAUUCCAGAAGAUGUGGUGAUGCAGCUGAUUCUUGCCAGGCUUAACUCACCAGAUGUGGAGCACUACGGCUACGUACUGAGCUGCCUGCCAUUCAUGUCAGAAGAAUGCCUGAAGAUUCAUGAGCAGAUAGAACUGAUCAAAAACCUCAAGCUAUCACCUGAUUUCAUCAUUAACAUCAAGUGUGCAGACAAGGACCUGGUCCAGAGGCUGUCUGGCCUGAAACAGCACCCAGAAACGGGGAAGUUAUACAGCAGGGAUCAGUGGAAGCGUGACGAGGUGUACAACAAGACGAGGGACAUCAAGGAUCAGGAUGUGGGGAGUGAAGAGGAGCAGGAGGAAGAGCUCCCAAGAAGUAAUACUGACCAGAUUGUGUGGACACCAGAGAAUCUGGCCAGAAAUGCAUCUGUUAGAAUCAACAUGUACAAGGAUGCCGUGCUCAGACCACUGGAGGACUACAUGAUGCGUCACCAUCCCCUCUACUUGCUGGAGCUGGAUGGAAACAAUACAGCUGAAGAGCUGCACUUGUCUGUAAUGUCACAUCUUGGAUCUAUGGCUAUAAAGCGUGUCUCCCUUCCAGUCCUGCUCCACCACAAUGAUGAUGAAGAAUUGCCUGAGGAUGUUAGCACGGAGGAUCUACUGAGAAAUAUGUCCUCCACUAGGACAGUGGCCCCCGGCUUUAGGUGGAGAAGGAGCCGCUGGGGCCGAACUUGUCCUGUUGCUCUGAAGGAGGGGAAGGCCAUUCCUGGCAAACCAGAACUUUCUGUGGGCUUCCAGGACAAAGUGUACAUCCUUUCAUCUCAUGAGGCUUACCAGAAAUUUGUCACAAACCCCCGACGGUACUUGCUUCCUCCGAUGCCCAGGCUCCCCUGCAGAGUAUCCAUCAUUGGGCCCACUCAGGCAGGGAAGAGCCCCGUAUGCAAGCUUCUAGCUCAGCACUACAACGCAGUGGUACUUGACAUGGAGGAACUGCUGCUGCCUGCUCUGACCACGGUUGAAAAGGAGAGGCUUGACAAGAUCAAAAAUGAGACAACACAGGUUGCUAUAGAGAAAAUCAAGAUGAAGAUGCCGCAAGAUGGUGAACAAAAUUCAGUGACAGAGGAUCAUCCAGAGGUACAAGCCUUGGUGCUUGCUGCUGUGGAAGAAGCCAAACACUUCAGCACGUCUCCCUUGGGCCUGUAUGCUGAGGUACUGGAGAGGCGUCUGAAAGAGAUUGAAGAGGCAGACUCAGACGCUGAGUGCAGGACUGGCUGGGUGCUGGACAAUUUCCCCAGGAACCUUACCCAAAUGGAUGCCUUACAGCAAGCUGGAAUCCUCCCAGAUAUUGUCUUCUGCCUCAGAGACAGCGAUGGACAUGAGGGUGAAGCAGCGGGACUGUUGGGUGAUCCAGACGGCCCAGAGACGAAUGAGUAUAAGCUGUCAUUACAACAGUUUGUGAGCGAAUGGGAUCAAAUGCAGUCGGCUUUGACAGUCACUCACUGUGUACUGGAGAUUGGCAGCAAAAGCCCUGAAAAUCUGCUUCAAGAGAUGAUCCAACAAAUGGAGAAACCCUUUAAACAUGUGUCCUGGGAGGUGGAUGUGGAGGCAGAAGAUAGUGAGAUCUUCGCUGACCUGGAGGGAGCCGAAGAAGGCAGCAGUGACGAUUAUACAGCAGAGGAGGAGGAUGAAGGGGACACAACACCCAAGCGAUUAUUAGGAGAUACCCAUCAUUUCUGCCCUGUUGCCUUAAAAAACCAUAAUGUCCUGCGGCCCUGUACGGAUGAAAUUGCAGCCAAAUACCGUGAGAAGAUUUUCUACUUCUCCAGCCUGGAGGCCAGGGAUUCCUUCCUUCAAAACCCUGAACAUUUUGUUGCACAGACUGAGCCUCUCAAGCCUCCAGCCUUGCGGAUCUUUUUGCUUGGCACCAGAGGGUCAGGCAAGACAACUAAUGGCGAGUGGCUGGCACAGCAUCUUGGCCUCUUCCACAUUCAGUUCAGGGAGCAUCUUCAAACACUCAUCAUGGCCAAGACAAAGAAACGGGUACCUUGUGCUGAUGAGGUAGCAUCUUUGGAGGAUGAUUCUCAAGACUUGGAGGCCCGACCAAUGGAAGCCACGGGAGAGGAUGCCGACAGGAAUGACAUUGAGGAAGUUGUACUGACUGAUGAAGAAAUGGCUAUCAAGGCCUAUCUGUCCAGUGGAGAUCCACUGAAUCCACAGAUCCUGGACAUGGUUAUCGCAACAUUUUGGAAACAAGAACCAUACAUGUCCACAGGUUUUAUUUUGGAGGGCUUCCCUCAUACCUCUGAUGAGGUGGAGUACAUGUUGCAUCACCAGCUUUUCCCUGAUGUUGUGGUCGUCAUGGAAGUGGAUGUUCAGCAUGUUCAGAACCGUCUGUUGCCGACAUACCUGGAUAACUGGCGUGAGCGCCGCAACAAACGCGAAGCACAGCUGAAGCUCCUACGUGAUCUGCGAAAGAAAAAACGGGAGGAGAGCAUGUCCAAGAGAAGAGCUGAACUCAUGGCAGAACAAGAUCCAGAGGCGAGCAUCCAAACCAAACAGGACAGAUUUCAAGAGAGAGAAGAAGCUGAUGAAGAGGAUAACGAAGGCACAGAGAAUGAGGAGACUGAGGAGACUGAGGAUGCAGCCACUGAGAGGCUGGAGAUGGAAAUAGAAAAGCGUUUUGAAACGGAUGAAAACAACCUUGCUACUGUGAUGGAACUCCUAAUUGAACAAAAUAUACCCAAACUGGCAAUCAAUGCAACUCGCAAGCUCAAGAUUGUUCAGAAUCAGCUGCUCCAAAGAAUUCAGCCCCUCCUCACCAACAGGGAGUCAAUCUUCCAAACAUGCCAACCAAUUUCAUACAGGCUGGCAAAUAAGCUGCUGCUGUCAUCCUAUAAGCUACACAGUGCCUUUGGCUGCUGUGACCCCAUCAAACGGUACAAGGAGAGCGACUUGAUCCAGCCUCUGCAGUGGCCUCUCAGUACCUCAUAUCCCCUGCUCUUCCAUCAGUACAUCUACUUCUUCACAUCUAAAGAGAACCGCAACACAUUUAUGCUCAACCCCUUAAAGUACCUUCGGCAGCCCAAGCCCACCCCGUCCCUUCCUGUUAGACUGGCAGUCACUGGGCCUCCCAAAUCUGGAAAAACCACUGUGGCACAGAUGUUUGCUCAAAAACAUGGCUUGGCUCGGCUGUCCAUCGGCAGCGUUAUGCGUAUGGUGCUUGACACUCAGGAGCACACUGAUCUGGCCAUCCAGAUGAAAAGUUAUCUCUCCCAGGGCCUCGUUGUGCCAGAUGAACUGGCAAUUCAGUGUCUCGAAGUGGCACUCAUGAGCACAGCCUGCAGCACUGGAGGGUACGUGUUGGAUGGGUUUCCGAUGACUCUGAAGCAAGCAGAGCUGAUGGGCUUUCGGAGCAUCAUCCCCAUGAUAGUAGUCGAGCUUGAGCUGGACACAGUGGAGGUGUUGAAGAGAGGCGCGGCAGACAAGAUGAAGCCCAACAAGCCUUACCUGAUGCACGACAGCCCUGAGAGCCUCCACAUUUCUACUACGCGUUACAGGGAAGAGGUGAAGCGUGUAAGGCAUCACUUCCAACAACAGUAUCAGAACUGGUGCGUCCUCGAUGGCUUAAAGAGUAAAUGGUGGCUCUGGAACAAUAUUCUAAAGGAGAUCAGCAUCAGCAUGAAAUAUAUCCACACUUACCUGGAGAGGAUGAGAAGCGGGCAAGCAGCCUGCAUCAACAGGCUGUGCAUCACACCCAGGAAACUGGAGCAUGGCCUUGGAGAGUUUAAGAGUUACUGCUCCGUCUGCCUGGCUCUGCAUUACCACCUGGUGGACUGCUCGGAAACUGCGGCCUUGACCCAUGCAGCCGUAUACAGGGGACGCUAUUACAGGAUGUGUAGUGAAAACCAUUUAGAGAAGUUCCUGUCUGCUCCUGAUCAGUUUGUACCACCUGGCUGCCCACACACGCUCCCACAAGCACACCUGCUGCCAAGAAAGCUGACUGAGCUUCAGGUGAAGACCAGGUUCCCACAGCAAGUGGAGAUGAAGGGCUUCUGUCCCGUCACUUACCUGGAUGGAAAGCAGAGGUAUGAAGCCCUUGUUCAAGGAAAGAGGGAGUAUGCUGUGGAAUACAAAGGACGCAUCUACAUUUUUGAGACAAAGCAGAAACAGGACAAAUUUUUAAGGAGUCCUGAAGCUUACUGGGACCAGAAGCUGCCCAGGAAAGUUCCUCCUCUCAGUGAGCCGGUAGCCCUCACCUCCCUGCCAACAUUGGGCUAUCUGGAACAGGGAGUGGCAAAUGCAGUGAUCAAGGCCAUGACAGCUGUUGGGUGUCUCAAACCAAAGUACCCCUUUCACAGUAUACAAAGAUCAGCUCUCCUAUAUGUGGCCUUCUAUUUAAAAGCUUUCAACCCCAAGAGCUCAGACCGCACUCGCCAGAUGUACAAAAAGAAACUGGCCUUGUUUGAAGAAAACUGUGCACUCAUCCCCGACCUGAGCUCAGCGAUGAGUGGAAACUACAGGCCUCCCAGUGAACGCCCCAUUGACUUUGAGUUCAAACUGAACAGAUUCCUGGCCUUGGCAGACUUGCCUACAGCUGAUGAUGUGCUGUAGCUUGUAUGCUUGUGUUGUGUUUCUGACUACAUCCUGUUGCUGUAUUUAUUUUGACGUGAUUAUCUGUGUGUCAGCAAUGCAGUUGAAUAGAGAUUUUAAAUGUAACCUCUUCAAGAAUUCAUUU